UCACCCUCUUUAUCUUUCCCGAUAUCUUCUGCGGCCUCGCUCGACGCCCUUCUUCCUCUCCAAAUCCAAAUCGCUGAGCCAUGAAAUUCUACUCCCUUCACCAAUCAAAUCGCUGAUGGAUUUGCUUUUCGUCCCCGCUUCCUUCUCUCCCACGACCCUCGUUGUCAAACCCUCCAUCCUCCUCUCUCCUCGCGCUUCCCAUAAGCCACCGCCGGAAGCUGCAGCAGCCGCCGCCGCGCCGCUAUCCUCCGCCACCAUUCGCCGCCCCCUGAACCCUCCAUUCCGGCAAACACCCCCUGUUGAGCCUGACACCGCCCCUUCGACCGCUCUUAAACCCUCCACCACCAACCCCUUGGCACCGAAGCUCUGGCUUUCCAGUAAGCUCUCUCCUCCACCUCCUCCUCCGCCGCUGCCACCGGCAGAAACCCUGCCAUCGGAUUCCGAUGUCGAAGAUCCUCCCUCGCCUGCUGUUAAUCCCGAUUCCAUGGCCGACGCUGCCAAAUAUCGUGUUAAAGGAAAGAUUUUUGUGGGGAAUCUGCCGCGAUGGGCCAAGAAGAACGAGAUCGUCGAGUUCUUCAGCCAAUUCGGGCCCGUGGAGAAAUGCGAGUUGAUCAGGGCUCAUGAUGAUCCGGAGCGCAAUAUGGGGUAUUGUUUCCUGUUAUACGGUAGUCCUACUGCUGAGGAUUCCGCUGUCAGGGCGGUGGAGUUUGACGGAGUGGAGUUCCAUGGGAAGGUUUUGACUGUAAGGUUGGACGACGGGAGUCAGCAGAGGGCGAGGAAGGAAGAGAAAAUGAACUGGGUAGCGGGGUCGGAUCGUAGGGAGUACAAGUCGAAGUGGCAUGUGGAGAGGGGGAAUGCUAGCAAUAGAUUUGUGAAGGUUUUGGACACUAAGCCAGAGGAUUGGCAAGCAGUAGUGUCGGCGUUUGAUAAAAUACCCAAGCCCUCUUUAGGAGAUUAUCGCUUGAUGGUCAAGUAUUAUGCCAGAAGAGGUGAUAAACAUCAUGCACGAGCAACUUUUGAGAGCAUGAGAGCAAGAGGAAUUGAACCAGAUGAACGCAUAUUUACAAGCCUUGUUCACGCUUAUGCAGUUGCCAGAGAUAUGCGUGGGGCUUUGUCUUGCGUUGAUGAAAUGAAGACUGAGGGUGUUGAGUUGACUAUGGCAACAUACAGUAUCCUUAUUGCUGGGUUUGCUAAAGUCCUCGAUGCUGAAUCUGCAGAUAGCUACUUCAAAGAGGCAAAGCAAAAGUUUUCUUCCUUGAAUGGCGUAAUAUACAGCAACAUCAUUUACGCACAUUGUCAAAGUGACAAUAUGUCUCAAGCUGAAGUUUUGGUUCGAGAAAUGGAAGAACAAGGAAUAGAUGUUUCUAUUAACAUAUAUCACACAAUGAUGGAUGGUUAUACCAAUAUUCGAGAUGAGAAGAAAUGUUUAAUUGUGUUUGAUAGGCUUAAGGAAUGUGGAUUUAAACCUUCAAUCAUCAGUUAUGGGUGUCUUAUUAAUCUGUAUGCUAAGAUUGGUAAAGUUUCCAAGGCCCUUGAGGUUAGCAAAAUGAUGGAGUUGAGCGGCAUUGUGCACAACCACAAGACAUACUCAAUGUUGAUCAAUGGCUUUAUCCAGUUAAAGGACUAUGCUAAUGCUUUCAGCAUUUUUGAGCAAAUGCUUCAAUCAGGCUUGAAACCUGAUGUUGUUCUCUAUAAUAACAUUAUAUGUGCAUUCAGUAAGAUGGGUAACACUGAUCGAGCCAUUCAGGUUGUUCAUGAAAUGCAGAAAGGGAAGCAUCGGCCUUCCACUCGCACAUUUUUGCCUAUCAUAGAUGCCUUUGCUGCAGUAGGUGACAUGAGAAGAGCUAUGGAAAUUUUUGAUUUGAUGAGGCGAAGUGGAUGUGUCCCAACAGUAGAAAUUUACAAUGUUCUUAUUCACGGCCUUGUUCAAAAGCACAAGAUGGAGAAAGCUGUUGAAGUAAUUAAUAAGAUGUCUCUAACUGGUAUAACACCGAGCAAGCAUACCUACACUACAAUCAUGCAAGGAUAUGCUUCUGAUGGUGAUAUUGGUAAAGCUUUCGAAUAUUUUACCAAAAUCAAAGAGGCAGGCAUAGAGCUUGAUGCUUUCAUCUAUGAAGCACUUCUGAAAGCUUGUUGCAAAUCUGGAAGAAUGCAGAGUGCUCUUGCGGUCACAAGAGAAAUGAGUGCUCAAAAGAUACCUCGUAACACAUUUGUCUACAAUAUAUUAAUAGAUGGGUGGGCCAGGAGAGGAGAUGUUUGGGAGGCUGCUGAUUUGUUGCAUCAAAUGAAGCAGGAUGGAGUUCCUCCUGACAUUCAUACCUACACUUCUUUAAUAAAUGCGUGCUGCAAGGCUGGUGAUAUGAUGAGAGCAUCAAAAGUACUUGAAGAGAUGGAGUCUGCCAGGGUGAGGCCUAAUGUUAAAACAUACACCACCCUGAUCAGAGGUUGGGCACGAGCUUCACUUCCUGAAAAGGCUUUGAAAUGCUUUGAAGAGAUGAAAUUAGCAGGUUUGAAGCCUGACAAGGCAGCAUACCAUUGCCUCGUAACUUCUCUCUUAUCAAGGACAACCUUGGCCGAAGAAUACAUAUGUUCUGGAAUUGUGCGUGUUUGUAAAGAAAUGGUAGAAAAUGACCUGACUGUUGACUUACACACUGCUAUCCACUGGUCCAAGUGCUUGCGCAAGAUAGAGAGGACUGGAGGCGAACUUACAGAAGUUUUGCAGAGAACAUUCCCUCCUAGCUGGACUUCCCAUGAGAUCCCUGAGAUUUCUGAUUGAAUGUUUUUGUGCCGGCGUCGAUAUUGCUGAAUGCCGGCACUGAUACGGUGUGAAAAAAAUAGAGUCGACUCUGGAAGGACCAUCGAGCUUCAAGAGGAUCAAACUUGCAGCCAGAACCAAUGUGGAACUUAGCUCGAAGUAAGUUGUGCUCAUCUUUCAUGUGAGUAUCUUUCUCUUUUGUUCCUUUUUUCUGAAGCUUUUUUUCCCCCCUCCGUAUUAAGAUCAUGCUGAGGUGACACUUUAAUCAGCUUGUUCAUCUUGUUUAACACUUCAUUUUAAAUGAUAAAUGGCUAGCUCAUAAUUUAGAAUUA